UCUUCCCUUUUCCAUUUAGGUUUUCAAAGAGAGGUGUAUUCCCUGUUCGGAACAACAUGGGACCCUUCCAAGAAUACAAGGUGAAGAAGACGCCAGAGAAAGGAAACCCCCGCAGUCGCAUCCCCCGUUUAGUUCUCCACCCUUUCCGUCCUAAGGGAAAAGUGGCUUUGUCCGAGUUACCAUUUUCAGAGGAGGAGAAUAAGGAUUGCGACAUCAGCAUCGAGCACUCCAAGCGAACAGUCAGCCCAAACAGUUUCUCCUCAGAUGAUACCGGAUGCCCCAGCAGUCAGUCUGUGUCUCCUGCCAAGACCCCGUCAGGCUCAGACAACAGCUCGCGUGGGUCACCCUCCCCAGGGGAUCGCAAGACCAAAGUAAAACGGGUGAGAGUGAACGUAAUGGCCGAAUGGGGUGAACCCACACUGAGACACAACAGGGAGCAGCAACGCUCAUCCAUGCUGCCCAGAGGUAGCGAGGCAGACUUCAGUUCCUCCAGCAGCAAUGGAAGUUUCAAGACCAAAGAAUCCAACAGCUCCACGGGAAAGAAGACAACUUCACGCAGCCGUGGAUCCCACAUCAGGACCCUCCCCCUGUAUAGGUCAGCAGGAAGCGCGAGUGCGGAGCUCUACGCCCCUUACAGAACACCCACCAAAGGUCCUCCUUCCACCAACAGCAGCAGCAACUGUAGCCCUUCCAGCAGAAGAGCCAGUUUUGGAAAAUACCAGUCUUGUGGAGACAACCAUGGCAUCAAGCCUCCCAAUCCAGAACAGUAUCUCACCCCCCUGCAGCAGAAGGAGGUGGCCAUUCGACACCUGAAGACCAAACUGAGGGAGUCUGAGAACACAGUCCAUGACCGGGACUCUGAGAUUGAAGAACUAAAGGCGCAACUGGGACGGAUGCGUGAGGACUGGAUCGAGGAGGAGUGCCACCGCGUGGAGGCGCAACUGGCUCUAAAGGAGGCACGCAAAGAGAUCAAGCAAUUGCGACAGGUGGUAGAGACCAUGAAGAAUAGUCUGAUGGAGAAGGACAAAGGUAUCCAGAAAUACUUCAUUGACAUCAACAUUCAGAACAGGAAAUUGGAGUCUCUGUUACACAGCAUGGAAAUGGCCCAGAAUGGUUCCAGCCUGCAUGAUGAGCCCACUCUAGACUUCAUCUGUGAUUCUCCAGAGAGGUCUCCUUCAGGCAAAGUAGACAAACACUUGCAGGUGGAGGAGAGAGAUGCUGGGGAGAUGGUUGACAGUGCUCAGCUUAUGAAUGAUGAGACCAUCAACCAAACAGGAAUCAUGGAACAGGUCCUCAUGUCUACUGCUGUGGGAUCCACUCAGGACUUGAGGGCCAACUUAGAGCCUCAGCCAGGACUGUCCACCCUGAUUCAUAGUGAGCUGGAGGAGAAGACUACAGGUGAUCCGAGUGAUGAGACCGACAAGUCACGUGCUUCAGAGCCGAUUACGCUUGAGGAAAAAGCAGUUCAGACUGAGGAGUUGAUUUACCACCCUGACCUCCAUGCUCUUUUCCUGCAGCUGCUGAAACUCCAGAGUGCUGGGGUCACAAAUCCCAUGUUCUCCUCUUCCAGUCAUCUCCAAGAAUUGCCUGCAUCACAAAGCCCUGUUACUGAAAAGCAAGUAGAGCUGAGUCCUAGUGACCCCACCCCCAGUGCAGAGCCGGAGGUGACCCUGGAGAGUCCUGGUGACUCGGGCAUGUCUUGCACAGAGCCGGCGAUGGAUCCAACAUUCAUGGAAGAGCUGGAUUUUGAAGUGAAGGAGACAUGCAGCAGUCCAGGGAUGGCUGUGGUUGGGAAAAGCUACUGGAGCAACAAUUUUCUGGUUGAUCUAGUUGCUGUGGCAGCACCUGUGCUUCCCACCGUAGCCUGGCUCUACUCUCGCCAUGGUGUCGACGGAGGGACACCUGUGUAUAACAUUGGAGCUCUGAUCAGAGGCUGUUGCAUUAUGGGAUUGCACUCUCUUCGCCAUGUUACACAGAGGCCAGAUAUUUAAGGGCCUUCACCUGCAAGCACAAUCUGACAUUUAACAAGAGCACUUAAACAUCUACUAAUAGCAUUCAUUAGUUUGUGUUUUCUUUUUGUACACUUGUCUAAAUGCAUACUUUAUGUAUUUUGUUUUUUUUUUUCUGUUGCCACAGUUUUCCUUUGCACUGUGUACAUCUGUCAUGUGUUGAGGCACAAAUGGUGAAAAAUGACAGUCACUUGUUUGUUCUUUGUUUAUUCCCCUCAAAUGUCUUUUAUUUUUUUAGCUCUGCCAGUGUCUAGUCAUUUGGGUAGGUGAUUGUCUUGCAUACUGUGCAGUUCUUCGCUGAUUAGCCUUCUCCUGCUUUUAGACGGAGUGAAUGUGGGUGAAAAAAUGGGGCCGUUAGUAGUUGGAUGUUUGUUCCUAUUAGGAAACUGUGUGUUCUGAGUGAAUUUCAAACCUCUAGCCAAAGCGUAUACUUCCUCACAGUUUUUGUUCAGUGAAGUUGACUCCCUCCCACCCCCUCUUUUUUCUGAGCUUUUUACAUGUUCUCUGUGAAGCAUCUUGUUCUAAGAGCAGUCAAUGCUACAGUGAAACUGACGUUUUUCAUGUGCCUGAGCUAUGUGCAAUAAUGUUUGAGAUGUACUUAAUAUAUUUAUUAUUAAAGCAUGACAACCCUA